UCCGCCCCCCCGGAUCUCCGGCUUCCGGCAACUCGACUGGACCUGAACCUGCCUGGUACUACUGAGGUUGGAGUCUCCCCCCCGGACCAGCUGGACGCCGAGCCCCUCGAGACCUCUGCAAAAUUUCUUCUUAAUAAUUGGGAGAAGACCCGCUGGCUGGAUGGCAGCUGUAGGUGAUUUGCAGUUUGAAGAAUUUGGUAACGCGGCCGCUACUGCAGCAGAAAACCCAGGUGCCACCACGAUAAGUAUUGAGGGUCCUGGUGAAAGCCCGACGCAUCAAGCAGGACUCCCAAGAGGCUCCGGGGGAGAAGAGGAUGAUGAGUUGCUGGGAAACGAUGACUCUGACAAAACUGAGUUACUUGCUGGCCAGAAGAAAAGCUCCCCCUUCUGGACAUUUGAAUACUAUCAGACAUUCUUUGACGUAGACACUUACCAGGUCUUUGACAGAAUAAAGGGGUCCCUUUUGCCAAUACCAGGAAAAAACUUUGUGAGGUUAUAUAUCCGCAGCAAUCCAGAUCUUUACGGCCCCUUUUGGAUAUGUGCCACAUUGGUCUUUGCCAUAGCAAUUAGUGGGAAUCUUUCCAACUUCUUAAUCCAUCUGGGAGAGAAGACAUACCAUUAUGUGCCCGAAUUCCGAAAAGUGUCCAUAGCGGCCACGGUCAUCUAUGCCUAUGCUUGGCUGGUUCCUCUCGCACUCUGGGGUUUCCUCAUGUGGAGAAACAGCAAAGUUAUGAACAUCGUUUCCUACUCGUUUUUGGAGAUUGUGUGCGUCUAUGGAUAUUCGCUCUUCAUUUAUAUCCCCACAGCAGUGCUGUGGAUUAUCCCCCAGAAAGCUGUUCGUUGGAUUCUAGUCAUGAUUGCCCUGGGUGUCUCAGGCUCUGUCUUGGCAAUGACAUUUUGGCCAGCUGUUCGUGAGGAUAACCGGCGCAUCGCACUGGCCACAAUUGUGACAAUUGUGUUGCUUCACACGCUGCUUUCUGUGGGCUGCUUGGCAUACUUUUUUGAUGCACCGGAGAUGGACCACCUCCCCACAGCCACAGCUGCUCCAAACCAAACAGUUGCAGCAGCCAAGGCCAGCUGAAAAGGAAACCUUGUUGACCCCAUUGUAUAGAUGAGGAAGAUGGACUUAAGAAGUCUGAGUUGACUAACUUCACCUAUCUCUUAGAGGCAGAGCUUGGACCCAAACUCAUGUAUUCUGAAGCCAAUUUUGGAGGUUUUUCUGAUUUCCUACCUUGAAGGCUGAUGUUGUUUUUAUUAAUAAAACUUCCAGGCUCCCACUGCUGGCUUUUGGCCUCUUUUUUGGAGCCCUCCUUUGAUGGUCUAGAGAUGCUUCAGUUCAUAGAAUCCAUACUUGUUUGAUUGCACAACCUAUCAGUUAAGAAUUUAAGAAUGUGAGGGCUGUAUUAAUUAUCUAUGGCUGCCUUACGAUAUUACCUCAAACCUAGCACCUUAAAUGACACUCAUUUAUUAGUUUGCGGUUUCUGUGGGUCAGGAAUCUAGGCAUAGCUUAGGUUAGUUCUCUCCUUCAGGUUCUCUUACAGGGCUGUGCUCAAAGUGUUGGCCUGGGCUGGGGUCUCAUCUGAAAGCUGGACUGGGGAAAGAUCUUCCUCCAAGCUCACAUGGUUGUUUGCUGGAUUCACUUCCUUGUAGCCUGUUGACUGAAGGCUUCCUUGCUAAUUGUCAGCUGGAGGCUGUCCCCAGUUUCUUGCCACAUAGGCCUCUCCAUAGGCUCACCAGCGUCAUCAAAGCUGUAAAUGGAGAUAAUCGACAGUCAGGAAGACAGAAGAUCUAUAACAUAAAAUAACCAUAGAAAUGAUAUCUAUCACCUUUGCUGUAUUCUUUUGAUUGGAAGCAAGUUACAAGUCUUGCUCAUACUCAAUGGGAGGGGAUUAUACAAAGGCAUGAAUACCUGGAGGCAGGGAUCAUUGGAGGGCAUUUUAAUUUUAUUUUAUUUUUAACCUUUAUGAAGGAAUCAUUAACAAAUAAGAUGAUACAGGUAUUUAAAGUGUACAUCAUGAUGAUUUAAUAUACGUGUACAUUGUAUGGAGGCCAUUUUGCUCUCUGUCUGCCACAAGCACAUACUCUAGUAAUAUGUGUGUAGGUGUUUACGUAUUUUGUUGUCAAUCCAUACAGUAACUAUUAAAGUGUAGUUUCUUCUUUUUUUGAUGAAAAAUAGAUAUUAAUAGAAGUUCUAACAUUUUUCCUCCAUUACCUCAGUGGGUUGUUUUUGCAGCCCACCGCCUUAGAAUGAGCAUGUGGUAGCUUGUUUGCCUCAUGGUUUGAUUGUCUACACAUUUGUUCAGCUCCUCUUGCAGAUGGAUUUCAUUGACUGUUGCAGAGAAGGCCCUAGGACAAGGCGGGUCUCUUCCUGAGAUUGAGUUUCAUGGGGAAAAGACAGUCUAAUUGGACUUGAACUCCCCAGUGCUUGGCCCAAUGCCUGCCUGGCACAGACAGAGCGAGUGCUCAGUCAGAGUUGGGUGGUUGGAGGUGACCCUUUGUAAGAUUAAGGCAAGAGUGGGAUGUGGGCUUUUACCAGAGGUGUCUUGGCUCACGGAGUUCCAGACAUCAUUUACUCUGUCGCUCAGUGUUUACUUGAGGUGACUCUGUGGUCCCCCAUGGACCAGGCAUUGGGGACCUAGAGAAUCAGAUGCAGUCUUCCAUGGGGAGCCUCGGUCCAUGGGUAAAAUAGCUAAACAGAUAAUAAGCAGAUUAUGUGAGCAGUGCCCUACCCAAAUUGUGAAUUGAUGAGCGUGGUGGGAGCACAGAAGCACUGAUUCAUUUGGCCUGAGGGAAGGCUUCGCAGAAGGGAUCUUGUUUGAGUCUGGCCCUGAAGGUUGAGCAGAAGCAAUCAAUUACCUGUUUUUCGGAAGAGUGGUCAGCUUCCCAUGGCAUUUGGGAAGGUGAGGUCAUAGGUUGUUCAUUGGGACACAAUGAUGCGAUGUGGGCUCACCUCACUGGGAAUAAGAAAAUCUGAGCUCAGCUGGAGGAUAGAGGUAGAGACCACAAGGGCAACAGUUGCUUGGAUCUCUUUGCCUUGGUUGAGAAUACUUGAUACCAGCCUGGGUGAGGGGCUCUUUCAGCCUGCUCUUGCAUUAGGACUUGAGUUCCUUCCUUAUAUUUUAUUAUGAAGGCUCCGACUAAUGUCCCAGGUGCUAUAAACCUUCAGAGAGUCAGAAACUGGCAUCUGAGAAAAGCCUGGACCCUAGGACCUUUGCAGACCUCCCAUCCUGAUUUAUACAAAUUUGACACCUUUGGGCUUUGCUCAGAUCUAUAAACUUGGGUGUCAGUGUCUCCAUUUGGCCUCACGUCUACAAAUGAGAUAGUGAUGAACAGUUUCUUUGGAGCUUCCCUGGCAGAAGCAUCAAUCGCUUUGCCAAUGAGGGGUCUGUCUAGAGCCCCAGGCACUGUAGAUUUAUGUGCUGGCUGCUUUCUACUGUAAUCUUAAGCCUCCCAGCUUUCACUGAAAAAGAAUGGCUUCUAAUCUCACAGAUAACCUUCCUUAUAUAAAUCUGUGCAUUGGAGGGCUUAGCAUAGCAUGGAUUAUGGGAAGAGCUCUGUCUGGAAACUCAGGAUCACAGAAGAGCUUCUGAUUACUUGUGAUCAGAGAAAUUACCCCUGUAUAAGUCAUUGAGAUAUUAUAGAGAAUAUUUGGCUUUCUUCUUCCCUCCUUUCCUUCCUUCUUUCCUUUGCUCUUUCCUUCCUUUUUAAAAAUUAACUUAUCACCUGAGGGCCAGUGCCAUUUCUUCUCUGAGCCAAGACCCUGGGGAAGCCUAGAAACUACCUUGGGAGUCUUACUUUGGCUUGUGGGAGGGAGUUUCUGAAGGACCGCAUUCAGACGGGGGCUGCCUUCCCGGGAGCAGUGAUAAGUGGGUCUGUGUGGAGGAAGGUGGCCAGCAGAUAAUUAUACUGCAGUGUGAUGGGGCUUUAAUAAAAGAUGAGAAGAGGACUGGAGAAAAUUCCUUUGUCAUUAAAACCCUCCUGAUUUGAUACCUAGGGUUUAUGUGCAAUUAUCCUUUCACUCACUUGGGUCAGGAGUGUUCCUUUGGUCAACUAAAGCUACAAACCCUUUUGCUAUGUUUAUACACAUCAGUUCCAUUCUGAAAUCAGCUUUAACCCAGUGCUAUCAUCCUCUUUAACACAGCAUCCAAACAGCAGGACUUUAUACCACGGCUAACACUGUUUUCUACCAGCCCCUUAUUUUCUACACCAUGUCUGAAAAGUCCCUGCACAGAGAAUCCAUUUUCAGUUUCUGCACUAUUUCUUCAUUGCUCUUCUUCCUGGUUCUCUUUCUUUGGAGUCAUUUGGGGGAACUUGGGUUGGAGAGUGGGCCAACACAAUAACUUCUUAUUCCUUUUUAAACUUAUUUUGUGGAAAGUCUUUAAACACAGGCAAAAGUAGAGUGAACAGUAUAACGAAUCUCCACAUACCCAUGGCUCACUUUCCACAGUUUGUCAGCUUGUGGUCAGCCUUAUUUCACCCACACACUCAUCUAGUCCCUCCUAUUCAUUUGAAGCCAAUCUCAGGUAUCCUAUUAUUUGAUGCACAAAUAUUUAAAUUCUGAAUCUAUAAAAGAUACUUUUAAAAACAUGACCAUAACACCAUAGUCACAUCUAAAAAAAAUGGUAACUCCUUAAUGCAGGCAUACCUCCUUUUUACUCAGCUUUGCUUAUUGCUUCACAGAUACUGUGUUUUGUACAAAUUGAAGGUCUGUGGUAGCCAGGUCUAUCGGCACCAUUUUUCCAAAAGCAUUUGCUCACUUUGUGUUUCUGUGUCACGUUUUGGUAAUUCUUGAAAUAUUUUAAACUUCUUCAUUAUCGUUAUGUCUGUUAUGGUGAUCUGUGAUCACUGAUCUUUGAUGUUACUUACUAUUGUAAUUGUUUUGCGGUGCUAUGAUCUACGCCCAUAUAAGAUGGUAAACUUAAUCAGUAAAGGUUAUGUGUGUUCUCACUGCUCCAAUGACUGGCCAUUCCCCCAUCUCUCUCCCUCUCCUUGGGCUUCUCUGUUAAAGACACAAUAGUAUUGAACUUAGGCCAAUUAAUAACCCUACAAUGACCUCUGAGUGCUCAAGUAAGAAGAGACACACGUCUGUCACUUUAACUCAAAAGCUAGAAAUGACGGGUGCCGGGGUGGCUCUGUCGGUUAAACAUAUGACUUUGUCUCGGGUCUCGUUCUCACUGUUCGUGAGCUCGAGCCCCGCAUCAGGCUCUGUGCUGACAGUGCUGGGCCUGCUUCUGAUUCUCUGUCUCCCUCUCUCUCUUCUCUCUCUCAAAAUAAAUAAAUAAACGUUAACACAAAACAAAACAAAAGCGAGAAAUGACUGAGCUUAGUGAGGAAGGCAUGUCAAAAUCUGAGAUAGGCCGAAAAUUAGGCCUGUUGUGCUGGUUAGCCAAGUUGUGAGUGCAAAGGAAAAGUUCUUGAAGGGAGUAAAAAGUGCUACUCCAGUGAGCACAUGAAAGAUAAAAAAGUAAAACAGACUUAUUGCCGAUAUGGAGAAAGUUUGAGUGGUCUGGAUAGAAGACCAGCCACAACAUUCCCUUAAGCCAAAACCUGAUCAAGAGCGUGGCCCUAACUUUCU